GUUAUUAAAAACGCACCGUUUUACUGGUCUUUUUGCCCGUUUCCUUGCUUUUCUCUCCUUUCCCUUUUGUUUGGCUCUAGUCGAUGUCUUAUCUGACGAAGGAAGGACAACGAGGAGAAAUGAAAAUGGAAGGAAUCGAAGGAGACGCCUCUGAGGAAGGAGCAGGGCGUUACACCCUGAAGCCGACGCGAAUAAACAACGAGGACAUAAUGUUUUGCGUGGAUGUGGAAGCGGAGUCGCUUGUUGAAAUGAAAACAGUGGGAGUCACCAGAUUGGAUUCCAUAAAGCAAGCCAUCCUUCUCUUCGUCAACUCCAAGCUCUCCAUCAACCCCGACCACCGCUUUGCUUUCGCCACUCUCUCCAAAUCCGCCUCUUGGCUUAGAAAAGAGUUCAGCAGUGAUGUUGAGUCUACCAUUGCUGCGGUUCGGGCGCUCUCGGCUAUCACUGGCUCUUCUGGUCAAGCAGAUCUCACCAAUUUAUUCCGCUUGGCAGCUCAUGAAGCAAAGAAAUCUAGUGCACAGAACCGGAUUCUUAGAGUGAUUCUUAUAUACUGCAGAUCAUCGGUACGACCCCAUCAUCAGUGGCCUGUAAACCAGAAACUGUUCACUUUGGAUGUGAUGUAUCUCCAUGACAAGCCUGGACCGGAUAACUGUCCCCAGGCGGUCUAUGAUGCUCUUGUUGAUGCGCUUGAACAAGUUAGUGAGUACGAAGGAUACAUCCAUGAGAGUGGACAUGGGCUACCGCGUACACUCUUUCGUUUCAUGUCUAUGUUGUUGUCUCACCCUCAACAACGAUGCCCUCAAGACGACUGUGAUAUCCCCAAGCCUCUUAUGAAGAAGCCAGCUGAAUCAACAAAUGGUGAAGAUAAUGUUCAUGUAUCCACCAGCCAGUGAGAAUAUCAACCACCAACUCUCCUUGCUGCUUCAAUCCUUGGGUCUCAUCAGUUUGCUUUGUGGAUGUGAUGAACUAAGAUGCAUGGACAAGAUAACCUAUUUAAAUCUUCUGCAAACUUCUGUACAGAUUAAACCUUGUUUUUGUGUGUUUGUGAAACUUUCAUUUUAUAUAAGAUGCAAUACGCUCAUUAUCUUACAUCUACA